AUGCGUGUGGCUAGCUGAGUUAGCUGCUUGCGUUAAUUGUGCGAAGACGCCAACAGACGGCUACGUUUGAAUGACGUUCUGAUAUUAAUAAAGUGAGGUAAACACGAUGGAGAAAGACGCGCGGGUGAAGAAGACAUCAGCACCAUCCGUGUCACAGAUUAAUGCUGAAUAUGUCACACAGGUGUCCAACAAGUACUGGGCCCCCCAUGUGAAAAAUAAACUGCCAUUUGACCCAAAGCUCAUAGAGGACAUCUACCAGAAUGAGAUCCUCAAAUCCAAAUUUGCCAUCAGAAAAAUCAUGUUGUUGGAAUUCAGUCAGUACCUGGAGAAUUACCUGUGGGUGAACUAUACACCUGAAGUGUCCAGCAAUAGUUACCUCAUGUCCAUCUGCUGCAUCGUCAAUGAGAAAUUCAGAGAAAAUGUACCUGCAUGGGAGGUGUUUAAAAAAGAGCCCACUCAUUUCCCAUACUUCUUUAAGUGUGUGAUGGAGGCGUGUUUGGCAGGAGAGGAGCUCGGUCUGUCUCUACGGGAACAGACAGUACUGCUCCUCUUCCUCGAUCACUGUUUCAACAGUCUGGAGGUGGAUCUGAUACGUGAGGAGGUGCAGCAGCUCAUCUCUCUGCCCAUGUGGAUGUGUCUCCUCCCAUCGAGACUCCAACACGAGAUGAAGAAAGUUCCCAAACUGCAGAAGUUCUGGAAUCUCAUCAAGAAGAAUUACGACAAAAUGGAUUCCAAGGCCGCGGAGCAAGCCAAGAAAGAGCGAACAUUCCUUUCAUCUCUCAUUAAAAAAUUCCUCGGAGUUCUGAUGUCCAUUCCUCCAUCCGGUCCCCUGUCCAUGGAGAAAGUACACUACUGUGAGAGGUUUAUAGAGCUGAUGAUUGACCUGGAGGCGCUCCUACCCACUCGACGUUGGUUUAACACCGUUCUGGAUGAUUCUCACCUGGUGGUCAACUGCCACCUGUCCAGCCUCACGGAGAGAGAGAAGGAAGGUCACCUUUUCUGUCAGUUGCUGGACAUGCUGAAGUUCUACACUGGCUUUGAAAUUAAUGACCAAACGGGUAACGCUCUCACCGAGAAGGAGAUGACCACCCUCCAUUAUGACAGAAUUACCUCUCUGCAGAGAGCUGCCUUUGCCCAUUUCCCAGAGCUGAAUGACUUUGCCCUGUCUAACGUGGCAACUGUAGACACGCGAGAAUCCCUCACCAAACACUUUGGUCAUCUGAGUCCCAACACACUCCAUCGGGUGGCCUCGUACCUGUGUCUUCUGCCCGAGCUGCCAGAGGGGACGGAUACAACCCAUGACAAGGAAUUCCUCCUGGAACUGUUGGUGUCCCGCCACGAAAGAAGAAUCUCCCAGAUCGAACAGUUAAACCAGAUGCCUCUUUAUCCAACUGAGAAGAUUAUCUGGGAUGAAAAUAUUGUUCCGACUGAGUACUAUUCAGGCGAAGGUUGUUUGGCUCUUCCAAAGCUGAAUUUGCAGUUCCUCACUCUCCAUGAUUACCUUUUGCGAAACUUCAACCUGUUCCGUUUGGAGUCUACCUAUGAGAUCAGACAAGAUAUUGAGGAUGUCGUAUCUCGAAUGAAGCCAUGGCAGUCUGAGUAUGGGGGUGUUGUGUUUGGCGGCUGGGCUAGGAUGGCCCAGACUAUUGUGUCAUUUUCAAUAGUGGAGGUGGCCAAGCCCAACAUCGGUGAGAACUGGCCUGCUCGAGUCCGAGCUGACGUCACAGUCAACCUGAACAUACGGGACCAGAUCAAAUCUGAGUGGGAGGGUCUGCGGAAACACGAUGUUUGCUUUCUGAUCACGGUGCGGCCCAACCUGCCUUACGGAACACGGUUUGACCGCAGACAGCCCUUUGUGGAGCAGGCUGGGCUGGUGUACGUGAGGGGUUGUGAAGUGCAAGGGAUGCUGGAUGACAAGGGACGCGUCAUCGAAGAAGGUCCGGAGCCAAAGCCCAAGUUGAGGGGUGAUACCAGGACAUUCCGUGUGUGGCUCGACCCAAACCAGUACCAGCAAGAUAUGACAAGCACCAUCCAACACGGGGCCGAGGACCCGUAUGAAACAUUCAACAUUAUCAUGAGGCGCAAACCAAAGGAGAACAACUUCAAGGCUGUUCUGGAGACCAUCCGUAACCUGAUGAACACGGAGUGUGUGGUUCCGGACUGGCUGCAUGACAUCAUUCUCGGCUAUGGUGACCCAGGCAGUGCCCAUUACUCCAAGAUGCCCAAUCAGAUCUCUACGCUCGACUUCAAUGACACCUUCCUGUCCAUCGAGCACCUGAAAUCAUGUUUCCCUGGUUACACAGUGAAAGUCACAGAAGAUGACUCUGCCCGCCAAAUCCCACCCUUCAGGAUCAAGUUCCCUGUGCAGAACGUGAAAGGAAAGAAACGGAAGGCAGAUGAGGAAGAGGAGGAGAAGGAAGAAGAUCGUACGCUGGUGGUGGAGCCUCACGUCAUCCCCAACAGAGGCCCAUACCCUUACAACCAGCCCAAACGAAAUACCAUCCAGUUCACACCAACUCAGAUCGAGGCUAUCCGCGCCGGGAUGCAGCCCGGCCUCACUAUGGUUGUCGGACCUCCAGGUACAGGAAAAACGGACGUGGCCGUACAGAUUAUCUCCAAUCUUUACCACAACUUUCCUGAGCAGAGAACACUCAUCGUAACUCAUUCCAAUCAAGCUCUGAACCAACUGUUUGAGAAGAUCAUGGCAUUAGACAUCGAUGAACGUCACCUUCUCCGUCUGGGCCAUGGAGAGGAGGAACUGGAAACAGAGAAAGACUUCAGCAGGUACGGGAGAGUGAACUACGUGCUGGCGCGGAGGCUGGAGCUCCUGGGAGAGGUGGCACGCCUGCAGGAAAGCCUGGACGUCCCAGGAGACGUGUCAUACACGUGUGAGACCGCCGGACACUUCUACCUCUACCAGGUGAUGUCUCGUUGGGAGGAGUACAUGAGUAAAGUCGGACCUAAAUCCGGACGGCAGGUGGGCGUGGAGGAAGUGGCCUCUCAUUUUCCCUUCCCUAAGUACUUUUCCAACGCCCCCCAGCCUGUGUUUAAAGGCAGAACGUACGAGGAAGACAUGGACAUCGCCGAAGGCUGUUACAGACACAUCCGCAAAAUCUUCACUCAGCUUGAGGAGUUCCGAGCCUUUGAGCUGUUGCGUAGCGGCCUGGAUCGCUCAAAAUACCUUUUGGUGAAAGAAGCCAAAAUCAUCGCCAUGACUUGCACGCACGCUGCACUCAAACGUCAUGACCUAGUAGAGCUGGGCUUCAAGUAUGACAACAUCCUGAUGGAAGAAGCAGCUCAGAUCCUGGAGAUUGAAACUUUUAUUCCACUCCUGCUGCAGAACCCGGAGGACGGCUACAGUCGGCUUAAACGCUGGAUUAUGAUUGGUGAUCAUCACCAGCUGCCCCCUGUCAUUAAGAACAUGGCCUUCCAAAAGUACUCCAACAUGGAGCAGUCUCUCUUCACUCGUUUUGUGCGUCUGGGCGUGCCCACUGUGGACUUAGACGCACAGGGUCGAGCUCGGGCCAGUUUGUGUAACCUUUACAACUGGCGUUAUAAGCAGUUAGGAAAUCUGCCCCACGUUCAGCUUCAGCCUGAGUUCCAGCAUCCUAACCCUGGCUUGACCUUUGACUUCCAGCUCAUAAAUGUUGAAGACUUCAAUGGUGUGGGUGAAACUGAGCCCAACCCUUACUUUUACCAGAACCUGGCUGAGGCAGAGUAUUCGGUCGCCCUGUACAUGUUCAUGCGUCUGUUGGGCUAUCCAUCCGAUCGCAUCAGCAUCCUCACUACCUACAACGGCCAGAAACAUCUCAUACGUGACGUGAUCAACCAACGCUGUGCCAGGAACCCCUUCUUCGGUCAGCCUAACAAGGUGACAACAGUGGACAGGUUUCAGGGUCAGCAAAAUGACUACAUCAUCCUCUCUCUUGUCCGUACCAAAGCCGUGGGACACUUGAGGGACGUGAGGCGGUUGGUUGUGGCCAUGUCCAGAGCCAGGUUGGGUCUGUAUAUUUUUGCGCGAGUCUCUCUCUUCCAGAACUGCUUUGAGCUGACACCAGCCUUCAACCAGCUCACCGGCCGCCCACUGCAGCUCCACAUCAGGCCAGAGGAGUACUACGGCCAGACAUGCACGGCCGAAGAGCGUUCCACACGGCCAGACCAAGUGGUUAAGAGCAUGCCGGAAAUGGCCAACCUGGUCUACAACAUGUACAUGCAUAUGAUCCGGAGCACCCAGCAGUACAGACAGCAGCAACAGCAGCUCCUCCCUCCCCCUCAGCAGGUGAUUGAAGCAGCAGCAGACAAUGGAUCUGCUGCCUCAGAGGAGGAAAAGGAGGCCCAGGCUGGAAAGGAGCAGACUGGAGAUGAGGAUCACGGUAAGGAAGACGAGGGUCCCACGAAGAUGGAAGAAGAGCCCUCAGAGGAGACGGCGGACGAACGGCACGCCAAGAUGCCCGAGCACCCUGGCCGAGACAGCGACAGCGGAGACAGCGAGAAAGACGACAAUGAAGAGGGACCGUAAAAACAAGACACGCACCCCCCACCCCCCCCCGCGGUCCUCUGUCUUCUCACAGCAGGAGCAGGGCAUUUAAGGUUCCUUUCCUCUUCAGGAGGUCCCUUAAAACCUCCCUCCAGGACACAGGUGCCUCCCUCUUAAGGAGAGAUCUCAAUGCCUGCCUCCAACCCCCACAGACUCCUCCCAGCUCCUGCUUUUACACUCUUCUCUCACCGUUCAUUGCAUUCAGACACACCUCUGUCAUCCAGGUCCAAUUCCUUACAGAAUUUAUACUUUUUGAGUGUUUUUAUUAAAAGGACUGUGGAAAAAGUUGUGAUUCAGUUCGUUGACAAAAGGCUUUGUGACAAAAUUUUUGUAACA